AUGGCCCCAAGAGUCCGAUUCGAGCAGGGCUACCAAAAGCCUCCUCCCGGUUAUUCCUGGGCCACAGAAGUCAAAGCAGAUGAAAAGCAAUCAAGCCCUCCAGCUGAAAAUGUUCCUCCUGUGAGGCUCCAUAGCACCCUGGUCUUCGAGAUGCCAAAGCUAGAUGACUGGGACCAGCUGACAAUGGAGAUCAAAUUCCGCAAAAAGAGAGACUACCUCUGUCGACAAUGGGGCGAAGAGAGCUUCACUUUCCUUGAGGAUGACCUCCAUAUCCGCAAAUUCUGCGGAAGAAUAAUCGUCAACAAACAAGACUACUACACUCGGUUUGAAGCAUGGAAAUCCGAGUCGUUUGGCGUGCAGUACCACAAUACUAUGAACCUGCUUGAGAAUGGGCUGAAGAUGAAUGAUGAGGACUUUUCCAACCUCAAAUCAAAGUUGGGAAUCUCUGAUGCAGAGCUAUUCUGUGCACUGACAAAUGAAAUCGAUCGACUACAACCGCCCCCGGCAAAAGUUCAAUCUCCUGUUCUUAAGGGUCCCUCCAAGCAGAUUUCUUCUCAGUUGAUCAAGGGCUGGACGAUGCAGAAGCCCGUUAAGUCAGUCACCGAGUCUUUCUCAGCGCAACAGACAGCCAGCCGCGGGCAGAAGCGCAACCACUCCAAGAUCGAUACUUCAUCGGUACAGAAUAGUGCGCAGACCGACAAGAGCCAGAAGCAGUUUGAGCAGCCACCUCAGAAACGAGCCAAGUUGCAGGAACCGAAGGAAGUGUUCUCGAAGCCGGUGACACAGCAACGCACGCCAAUACCUCUUCCAUACGGUCCCGUCAUGACACGACGAAGAUUGUGCAAAGCAAAGGUAUAUGGUCAAGGUUUCAGAGAAAAUCAGCAUACGCACACAUAUUCUGAGGAGGAUCGUUUUGAGAGAUUGGGCGCUCAAUACUCACAACUCGAGUGUGCCGCACGCACUUAUGAUACCAAUGACAAAGGCGAUAGCACGCUGAGAGGAGUUCUUCGCUACCUGGCCCUUUCAACCAAAGCAAGAUUACCGACCCAGUCAAAUAUAUCGGAACACCCAGGGAGCAUCACACUUCGUUGGUACUGGACAAUUCACAACGACUUCAUGAAGAAAAUAAGUGAGCUGGACCCUCUGACGCAAGCUGCGUGGGAAGAACUCGACACUCUGAGAGCCAGAGGAAUGCUGACGCGAGAACUGGAAAUGCUCAGGACCACUGAGAUGCGGCAGCAUUCAUACCAGACGUUCUAUGGCAAAUGGGAGGCUAUGAUUGACAACGUCCUGUUUGCCCUCGCAAAUAGUCAUGGUCGUGCCCCCCCCCCGUGCGAAAUGGACAGUACUGGAGUCAGGCAUACGACUCUAGCGUCAGAGGAUGAAGUACCUGUUCUCGAGAAGCCCAAAGUAAGGACCUUGCUGGUUUACAAUGGUUGA